AUGGCAAAAGCUAUCCAAGAAGUUGUAAACGGAACGAUGGGGUUAAAAACUGCGGCUAAAUCAUACAAUGUUCCUCGAUCAACAUUACAACGCCGAAUUAAAGUUUUUAAAGUUAAUUCUGAUUUAGAAUCAAGCAUUGAAAAACGAAGCAUCGAAACAGUUUUUAGUCCGACCCAAGAAGAGGAGCUGGUAAAAUAUUUGAAACAACAAGAGAGUCGGUUGUCGGGUUUGACUACGAAGGAAUUACGUUUGCUUGCAUACCAGUUAGCCGAAAAAAAUGGAAGAGUAAAGCCAACGAAAGAUAAGCCAGUAUUGUUGAUCUUAGACGGCCACACAAGUCAUACUCAAAAUUUAAAAGUGAUUGAUUAUGCAAAAAAGCAUCAUUUACGUCAUGAGGACCAAUGCAAUAGUUAG